ACAAGUUAAGUCCAUUUAAAGGGUGAAUUUAGCUCAUUUUCAUACAAGGAAAUUCUUAUGAUGGGUCCAACCAAUUGGAUGGAUUGGAUGUACGCGAACAUUAAAGAAUAGAAUUUAUCAAUUGCGUGGACUUAAGAUCUCCUCAUUUUAUUAUUACAAAUAAAGAGAAGGGGAUCGCCGGAUCGGCAAGACAUAAACCAUGUUCAUCUUCUUCAAGUUCCAAAUGGCAAAUGUUACCUGGAAUACCUUUACUCAAUGAAUUAACGAGGUGUGAGAUAAGGAAGAAGAGAUGGGAACAGAGGUCGUGUUGAGGUUUCUCAUCGAUAAGCUGAAAUCGUUACUCGGGGGGGAGGAAAGAGCAUGGUUAACCACAGAGCUGCAAGACGAAUUCUCCAAAAUCAUAAGUGAAUCGGAGUGCCUGAUUCCCUUCUUACAGGCGGCAGACGCGAGCGCUGAGACUGAAGCAAGAAGAAUUUGGAUGAAAAGGGUAAGAGAGGUAGUUUUCGAGGUUGAAGACAUUCUAGACGAUUUGGCCCUUCACUUCUGGCAGCAUGAAUCUGUUGGUGUUCUCCAUAAGGCAUUUUCGACCAUUCCCGACAAGAUCAUCCGCCAUCGGAUAACUGUUCAGAUCCGAGAAAUUCAUACGAAAUUCCAGAAAUUAUCCGAGGACGCACAUGUUUAUUUGAUGGCUGGUGGAAUCUUAUCUUCUGCUUCUGAAGACCAUUCGAUAUUUCCUCCACACUUGGAGGAAGAUGAUAUUGUGGGCACUAAGACGGCAAUAGAUGAACUACUCAAAUGGUUAGUAGAAGGAGAAGAACGACUUACAGUGGUAUCGGUGGUUGGAAUGGGGGGCUUGGGCAAGACCACUCUUGUCAGACAAGUCUUCAAUAGUCCCUACAUCAAGAAUCGCUUUGAUUGCCAUGCUUGGGUUACUGUCUCGCAAAGCUUCAGAAAGGAUAAGCUCCUACAAAGCAUGAUAAAGCAAUUCGACGAGCAGGUUCACCACGAAGUACACGGUUGGACAGAGGUGGAGUUAGCAGAGCAUCUUCACCGCUAUCUUCAAUCCAAGAGGUAUGUGAUUGUUCUUGAUGAUGUCUGGAGCAUAGAUUUAUGGGAAGGUAUAAAGCAUAUGUUACCUGAUACCAGAUGUGGUAGUCGGGUGAUCGUCACAACAAGGAAUUAUGAGGUGGCCAUGUCCACCUAUGGCCAUGUCUACAAUCUCCAGCUCUUGACUUCCGAAGAGGCUUGGAGUCUCUUCCGCAAGAAAGCAUUUCCACCUGAUGCUGAAUGUCCUCAGGAAUUGGAGAAGCCAUCUCGAUAUGUUGUAACAAGAUGUGGCGGGUUGCCGCUAGCAAUUGCAGUAACGGGCGGCUUCUUUUCAACGAAGAGGGAUUUAAGCGAGUGGGAACCAUUUAUUCACAAUCUUGGCAGCAAAUUGGAAAGCAAUCCCUAUUUUACAACUUUAAUCAGAGUGAUCAAGUUGAGUUACAAUGCUCUUCCCUAUUACCUUAAAUUCUGCUUCUUAUAUAUGGGGAUUUUUCCUGAAGAUGUUCCUAUUAGAAUUACGAGGCUGAUUCGACUUUGGAUAGCGGAAGGAUUUGUACAAGCGAUGGAAGGUAAGACAAGGGAGGAGGUUGCACUGGGCUACCUCAAUGAGCUUGUCAGAAGGAGCUUGGUUCGUGUUUCAGAAUUUCAUGAUGAUGGGAGGUUGGGAAGUUGUCAAAUCCACGAUCUUAUCCGUGAAAUGAUUCUUUCGGUAGUCAGGGAAGAGAGUUUCUUCAUAAGAUACGGUGAAGAAGACAUGAACUUGUAUGGAAGGGUCAGACGUCUAUACAUCAAUGACAACUUUGCAGGCGUUUUGAUGCUCGAAAGGUCACAACACCUUCUCCAUCUUCGAUCAUUGUUAGUGUUUGGGAAGGAGAGCAUCUUCGGGAGCGUGCUAGCUGAAAUGGGCGUUCAUAAAUUUACGUUUUUGAAGGUGUUGGAUUUGGAAGGUACGCCUGUGAAGAGCUUGCCAUCUGAAAUUGGGAAUCUAUUACAUUUAAGGUAUUUAAGUUUGAGAAAUACAAUGAUUACCGGUCUCCCAAAAUCCAUGGGGAAAUUGGUGAAUAUUGAAACCUUGGAUCUCAAGGGUACAUGUAUAGCUGCAUUGCCCAUUGAGAUUCUCAAACUCAAAUUCCUCCGCCAUCUCAUUGUUAGUCACUAUGACAUGAAUGGGGUUUCAGUUCCUAAAGGAAUAGGGAAAUUAAGCGCAUUGCAAACCUUGACAUGCAUUGACAUAGCUAGUGAAGUAGCUGCGAUUAGCGAAUUAGGGAACUUGAUUCAAAUGAUGAGGUUAUGCAUUGCAAAUUUGAGAAGAGAAGAUGGAAGAACUUUGUGCUCCUCCAUCGAGAAGAUGAACCGCCUAAUCUCUUUCAAGGCAAUGUCAAAAGAUGGCAAUCAGUCUCUUGAUCUACCGGCUAUAUCACCUACUCCACCACAUCUUCAGCGUAUACAUCUGAACGGACGUCUGGAGAAUUUACCAGAUUGGAUCGCAUCACUUCAUAAACUGGUCAAGAUGAGCCUGUUUGGGUCUAGACUGAGUGAUGACCCACUUAAAAUCCUUCAGUCUCUGCCCAAUUUGGUGGUUCUCACUUUGGAAGCAGCUUAUGAUGGGGAAGAGUUGUGCUGCCAAGCAGAAGGACUUCCAAAACUUAAGGUGCUAAAACUCGCCAGGUUGUAUGGAUUGAAAUCGAUGCGAGUGGAGAAAGGAGCAAUGCCAUGCCUCCAGAAGCUACACUUGGAUGAAUGUAAGAUGUUAGAGAAGGUUCCUUUCGGCAUCGAACAUCUCACCCACCUCAAAGAGCUUUACCUGAUGAAGAUGCCAGAUGCAUUGAUCAAGAGUAUAACAAGUGAUGGAGAGGAAGACCACCGGAAAAUCGAGCACAUACCACUCGUACGAACCAAAUCAAUCUCAACACUGGCAGGUGAAUGAUCAAACAUCUGCAACAAUUGCAUGUGAGGAACCCACAAGGUACCUCAAUAGGUGUUUCAAAGAAGAGGUCCACCCACAAGACCAUGCAGCAACAAUCACUAGGUUGUCAAUAAAGAAAGGUAUGCUCUUAUUCAUAUCUCUCGGAUAGUGUGAAGAAUGUGGUAGCUAUUACUACAUCAAAGACACGAUGGUUGAUUGAUUUCAAGGAACUUAGUUUUUCUUAUGUAUCAUAUAGUGUGCUGAAAUUUCCUACAAAUAAGUUUGGGUUUUCAGUUUGUACAAAUGGGGCCCAUGAUAACAGCACUCUACAUGGUACAAACGUUUGGUUAAUGCAUUGUAUAAUAACUAAUGUUGUAUGGUGUGUAUGCUUUGAUAAAGUGGUUUGGUGUGAUGAUUGUUAUUUUCAUUUCAGUUGAUGGGUAA